AUGUUACCAAAAAGUACAAUAGAAUGUUUAUUUCUUGGUAAAAUUAAUCAACAAACUUUUACGUCCAAAGGUCUUCGAUCCUUAUUAUUAUUAUGUCAUGAAAACUUAUUAUCAUUGGUGAUAGAUUUAGAUCAUAUAACUUCUUCAUCUACAUCAUCUUCUUCGUUGUCGCCAUCUUAUGUUUUAAAAGAUAUAAUAAUACCAAUAUUUCAAAAUCAAAAAUUGCAAGAAAUUCAUUUAAUAUCUGAUUCAUGGUCAGAAUGGAAUGAUUUUUAUCCUAAACCAAGAUCUGAACAUGAACUGAAAGCAAAAGAAGCUUUAUGGCGAUGGACUUUAAAAUCUUAUUGGGGAAUAUCAAAUAAUUUGAUUGAAUCAUUAAGUAAAAGUGUCAAAAUUUUGAAAAAUGAAAAAAAAUGUUUUUUUUAUCUUAAUUUAUAUUUAUUGAAUUUAAAUUUAUAA